AUGUGUUGGCCUGUCGUUGGGAACCUGGGAAACACUUACACCAUGGCUCUGCUCGCCUACACCUUCAGUCUGGCUGGAGAGACCAGCACUCGAGCACAGCUUUUAAAUGCCUUUGACAAUGUUGCCAUUUCUGAAGGCACUAAGCUCCACUGGUCUCAGACUACAUCUGGUGACACUCUGGCGGUGGAGAUCAGCUCCUAUGUGCUGCUGGCGGUUCUCUCUGUACAGCCUCUCACGACUGCUAAUCUAGGCUAUGCUAACCGCAUUGUCAACUGGCUUGUGACCCAGCAGAAUCCUUAUGGAGGCUUUUCUUCCACCCAGGACACUGUGGUGGCUCUUCAUGCUUUGUCUCUGCUCGCCGUUGAAGUGUUCAGCCUGGAGGGCUCCAGCACUGUUACCGUACAGUCAUUGUCUGUGGCAGGAGAGGUUUACAACUUUGAUGUGAAUCGAGACAACCGGCUGCUGUAUCAGGAGAAGCCGCUGAAGAACGUUCCUGGCAGAUAUAGUGUUCGAGGGAAGGGCUCCACCUGUGUGUCUAUGCAGGUUGCAUGUUUCUACAACAUCCCGACACCCAUUAAAGCUUCCAGAACACUUGGCGUUGAAGUGAAGGUGGCAAGAGACUGCAAAGUACGUGGAGCAGAUCUCAUGUUGAACAUCACUGUGAAGUACAAUGGUGCAAAACCAACUACCAACAUGGUUGUCGUUAACGUUAAACUCCUGUCGGGUUUCACAGCGGAUACCUCACUGCUUGGAUCUCCACUGGAUACAUUUGCUCCAUUAGUGCAGCGGGUUGAAACUGGAGAUGACCAUGUGCUUAUGUAUAUGAAAGAGAAUAAACCACCAAAAAAGGAAACUAUGGACUUCGAGUGA